AUGGAUUCUGAUUCUGAUGAUAGUCUAUUUGAUGAAAAUGAAAGUAUGAUUAGUUUACAUGAAUUUGGCUCCAGUAGUUCUGAAGAUAGCGAUUCAUUAGUUGAAGAACUUCAUCAAAAUUCAAUAACCGAAUGGAAAUGGAAUAUUGACAACUCAGAUUUUUCAACUUCUUUCAAUUAUUUUGAUGGACAUGCAUUAGGAAACAGCAAAAUAAUCAAACCAAUAGAUUCAUUAUGCAAGUUUAUAAAUCAAGAUGUGAUCAAAUUAAUUAUAGAUCAAACAAAUGUUUAUGGAAAGCAACGUUGUGUUCAACGAGGCGACGACUUCUCAAAAUGGAAGGAAGUCGAUGAAAAUGAAAUAUCAAUGAAUUCUACAAACAACGAGACAUCAUUACCAAUAAUUCGUUGUUCAUUACAAGAUCGUGUUUAUGAACCUACUUAUUUAUUUUUUAAAUCAAUAUAUUCAACAUAUUUACGUUUACUUAUUGGACCAGGCAUAUUAUUUAAUUCACUUUGUCUAUUUAUACUUUCUCGGCCGAGAUUAUCAAAUAAAUCGACUACUAUUGUAUUUUUACGUGUUCUUGCACUUUUUGAUAUAUUAUCAAUUACAUUUAAAUACAUUCGAGCAGAAAUCAAUUAUCAAUCAGUUGGAAAAGGUCGUGAGAUAUUUUUAUUAACUUCCUCAGUUUGUAAAGCAUUAUAUGUAUUAAUGAAUGCAUGCAUUUCAAUUGCUAUGUGGACUAUUGUUUUAAUGAGUUUAGAUAAAGCUGUCGCUGUUAGUUGUCCACUUAAAUCAAGUCUUAUUGUAGCUGCUAACAUUGUUAUUGUGGUUGUAUUACAUUGUGCUUCGUAUAAUUGGCGAACAUCUAAUGAUUCUAACAAACAAGAGUCUGAUUUAAGUUGUUGCAAAAAAAAUUUAUCGACAGCAUCACUUCAACAAAAUUGUACCGAUAGAUCAACAACUACAGCAGCCGAAUUAGUAUUAGCUACAAAACGACGUACAAAUGCACAAGUUACACGUAUGCUUUUAGCUGUUACAUUAUCGUUCAUUAUAUUAUAUUUUCCUCAUAUAACGUUUUAUUUUGCAAUAAAACCACUUAUUAGCCGUCCAUGUUCUGAGAUUAGUGAUCAUGAUAUAGUAGUAUAUAAACUUGGAUUUUAUUUAAACAUUAUACAACGUAUAUUGUCGGACUUCUCCCAUGUAGUUAAUUUCUUCUUAUAUUGUUUAGCUGGAAAAAAAUUUCGAAGUAUAUUUAUAAAUGAAUUUCAUCAAUUACUUGUUGAUUUUCAUUUAAUAAAACAAAGAGAUAGAUGUCAUACAUAA